AUGUCUUCGUCAGCUAAACAAUUUCAGUCUGAAGUUUUUAAACAGCAGGCUUUAGAGAGCUCCGACUCUCACCCAGUGUUUCUUACACUGGUGGAGAUUAAUGGAGGUCACAAUAUACUGAGACAAUUUUUUUCUAAACUCUUGAGUCCAUUGAUUGAGAAGAGUGAUUAUACCCUUGAUCAGUUGGUGUCAAAGGUCAACCAAAGUUCUGACUUUUUGGAGAAAGCAGAAAUCUUUGAAAAGAUUAAGCCUUCAUUACAUGUGGACUAUACACAUUCUUUUCCGGAAAUGAAAUCCUAUAAUAAAGAUAAACCCAUCGUGACUAAGGUUGUCUACGACCUCGAGACAAAGGAAUUGAGCGAGGGUAACCUCGCUCUUGGUUUCAAUAAUGAAGACUUUUUGACGGUUGAUUUGGGAUAUAUCAACAACAAUUUUAAUCAUAACGCAGAACAAGUAAACAUUGGUGUGAAUUAUCAGCCAUACAAGCCCAGUGAGCGUCUUGAAUCAAUAUUGAAGCUCGAGACGAAGUUGAGGAACCCUGCCUAUAAGUUCAUCCUUGAUCUUCACAAUUCACACCAGAACAAUCAAAUAUGGCAGCAAAACUCGAGCAAAGCCACUGGAGGUCUUAUCGGAAUUCUGUUUCUUAACCGGAAAAAAGGUAUAUCUGUGUUUAAUGGCUUUUCUUUAAUCAAGAGAUCAAUUGAUGAUUUUAGUGAUCAAAAAAAUGAUUCUCUCCUGUCCUUUAUCGGUGAAAAUUACAAAUCAUCUAUGAUCAGUAAAAUUUCGUAUGACAAUACAGUUGUGUCAAACGGAUUUUUGAGCGAAGGUUUUAAAUUUUCCAUGAACAAUCAGAUUUCCUCAGAUCAAGCACGGGAAAGCCUGAGAGAUAUUCAAAUUGGUUUUAUGAAAACUACAUGCUCUUUUGACUGGUUCAAGUCUUCGAGCAACAACAUGUUCACGACACAUUUUUUUAAAGAAAUGGGAGCAAUUUUUUCAGCACACCCUUCAAAACUGUUUCAUGUAUCGGACAAGUUUUAUUUGGGGGGUUUUCAUAGCUUUCGUGGCUUUUCACGUAACGGAGUGAAUGAACAUGGGGGGACGCAAUAUUACAAGGCUGGUGUUACUGUGUUUGGACAUAUGCCUAAUAUUUUGCAUCCUGGCCUCAAUCCAAGAAACAAUCCCAUGAGAAUAUAUGUCACCGGAAUGGCAGGUAACGUCAGUAAUAGUAUUCUCAAGGAAAGCGGGGUAUUUAGCUUGGGGUUUGGGAUGAAGUAUGUCAAGCAGCUGGUGGAACUUGAUGUGGGAUAUUAUGUAUCAAGAAGAGCUGACUUCUCGAACACUUAUGGAGUGAGAGACGGUUUCAAAUUACAGAUGUCUCUUGGUGGUGUCGGGGGUAGCUCGUGA